AUGAAGAGUCCCGGACCCGGUUUAUUGUCCCGUUGUACGUACGCUCACGCUGAAGCUUGUCAUAUAGUUCGCCGCGUGGCGCAAAAUGAUUGGGUGGAGGAAGAGGUCCCAAGUGGCAUAAAAUCCAAUCUAGGAGGCGUUGUAUUAAAACGACAUCUGGUUACGCCUGGAAAACGUGUCAUUGGAAGCUUGAGAAGUGUGAGAGGAGAAGUGGACAUUAAAAUUUAG